GGAAGUAGCAUGAAGGACAAUGAACCAAAGCGUGGAAAGUGGCGUCACAGCUUGAAAAUAGUUCUCGUUGCAGGUACAGGAAUGUGCGUCCACAUUCCCUUCCGGCAUGGCUAGGGAAACAGCUGCCAUGCCCCCUGCCUCGUUGAGUGGUGGUAAUGGAAACAGUGGCGUUGAACCCUUUGGUACAGGGGGUGACACACACACACACACCAGGGCAAACAAUUUUGACUCAGGGCAGGAGCGCUGGAGAGACAAUGUCGUCCAUUUUGGAGCUUUCAGUUGAAGAGCUGGCAGCAGCACUUGCCAAAGGUCAGAUUUCUGCACUGGAAGUCUUGAAAACAUACCAAGCCCGGGCAGAGUUGAUCCAUCAUGCUUGCAAUGCAGUCGCAUUCUGGAUUCCGGACGCAGAAGCUAGAGCCCGGGAGGCAGAUGAGCACCUCCAACGCACAGGAAAGGUCCUGGGCCCGCUGCACGGGGUCCCCUUUACGGUCAAGGACCAUGUCAUGGUCCAGGGAACUCCGAUCACUAUGGGCAUGCAGAGCCUAAAGAAGACUGGCAAGAAGAGUGGGCGAGACGAAUACCUGGUGAAGGCAUUUCGAGCACUGGGGGCCAUUCCCUUUGCCAAGAGCACCAUGUCUCAGCUCGGGAUGACCAUCGGAGGAGGCAGCCCAGCUCAUGGUGAUACCUUGAACCCCUGGGACACCCUGCGAAGCCCUGGUGGCAGCAGCUGCGGAGAGGGUGCCUUGGUUGGAGGUGGUGCCACUCCUUUCGGCAUUGGCAGCGAUGUGGGUGGCUCAGUCCGUGUACCGGCAGCAUUUUGUGGCAUCAGCGCAUUGAAACCGACAGUUGGACGCAUCUCCACCAUGUUGACAAGGCCAGGGGAAUAUUUUGUCCCUGCAACCACCGGUGUGAUGGCCAAGUCUGCCAAGGAUUUAUCUCUUGUGUAUUCCCUUCUUUUGAGCCAAGGGCUUACUGUGGGCCUGCCCAGAAUCCCGCCUUUGCCUUUCGAUGCAUCCGAGUUCUCUUCUUCCAGAAAGCUGCGUAUUGGCUGCUACUUGGAGGAGUACACCUUCCCCAAGCCCUGCAAGGCAGUCUGCAGGGCUGUGGAGGAGUCAACAAAUGCACUCAAGGCACUUGGGCAUGAGAUUGUGGACUUCAAGCCACAUAGUUCUGGGGUUCUUCCAAGAGAGAUGGUUUGGGAUCUCGAUGCUUCCUUCUACAUCUCUGCUGAGCCCUAUAAUCCCAGCAAGCAGAACCGAAAGCAGAAGAGCAAAGAAGAUAUCCGGUCCCAAGUUAUGCCAUCUUGGACAGACUCAGAUGAGGAAACACAUCCUGAUCUCAUUGGAAUGUUUAGACCGAAGGAAGCAUACGACUCCAAAGACAUCCAUCAUGGCGGAUCAAUGGCCGGAAGUAGCUUGGGCUAUGAACAGUUGUAUGGGAAGCGUGAUGCAAUGCGUGAGCGCUUUUACAACGCAUGGCAAGCUGCUGGUUUGGACGCUUUGCUUUGUCCAGUGUCGGCUACGCCUGCUCUUCAUGUCGAAGAAGUGCAGAAUGCCGUGAGCAACGUUGUUACCACACGUGUGUUCAAUUUGCUUGACAUGCCAGCUGGGGUGGUCACGGUCAGCUUAGUGAAGGACAGUGACUUGGUCCCGUAUGAUCCCGGCACACAAGAUCCUGAUGUGACGCGAAUGGCUAAGAGGGCAGUGCAGGAUUCCCUUGGAUUGCCAGUGGGAGUGCAAGUCGUAACCCUGCCAUGGAGGGAAGAGCUUUGUUUGCGGACGAUGCUGGAGUUGGAGAAGGGCUUUGGCUUCAGUGCUGCCCAUUAUAAGUUGGCACCGCUUGCUCGGCGGAGCCGUAGCCUAGGAGCUCCUCCAGAAGCUGUCUCGCGCUUGUGACGAGAGUACCACGUGGAUGCAGACGAAAAGAAGACGA